GGGGGAGGGGCAGAGAUAGAUCGGAGGAGCUGAAUACCGGGUUAGGCACAUGCGCCACAGAAAUCAGAGCUUCUUGGUGUCGUAUGGUCUUGGGGUGGCCAGAACUCCUGGGGCCGGUCGGCCAAGUGGUGCACUCGCCUUUCUGGGCUUAGACCUAUGCAAGAGAAAGACUUGGGUCCUGAGCUCAAAAUCUGGGAGCACGGGGCUAUAGGUGGGCUUGGUUCCCAACAUCCGAUCUGCAGACGCCUGACCUAGAGGCCCCCGGGUGACAUGGCAGAAGCGUGCCAGGCCGUGGGCUUCGUGCCCUCGCUGACCUCCAGCGGGCCCGACGUGGAGCUCAAGGGCCCGGUGCUGCAGGACAUCUACCUCUCGGGGCUGCGGUCCUGGAAAAGGCAUCUCUCGCGUUUCUGGAAUGACCUCCUCAGCGGUGUGCUCCCUGCCAGCCCCCUCAGCUGGCUCUUCCUCUUCAGUGCCAUCCAGCUUGCCUGCUUCCUCCAGCUGGACCCUUCCCUGGGACUGAUGGAGAAGAUUAAAGAGCUACUGCCGGCCUGUUGGGGACAGUACCACAGGCUCCGGGGCCUUCUGGCGGCUGCGCUGUUUGCCCUGUGUUUGUGGGGUGCCCUGAUCUUCACGCUUCACGUGGCCCUGAGGCUACUUCUGACCUACCACGGCUGGCUGCUCGAGCCCCACGGAGCCAUGUCCUCGGCCACCAAGACCUGGCUGGCCCUGGUCCGCAUCUUCUCCGGCCGCCAUCCCAUGCUCUUCAGCUACCAGCGUGCCCUGCCACGCCAACCCGUGCCCUCGGUGCAGGACACCGUGUGCAAGUACCUGGAGUCCGUCAGGCCUGUCCUCCUGGACGAGGACUUCGACUGGACCGCGCGGCUGGCGCAGGAAUUCCUGAAGCUGGAGGCUUCGCUGCUGCAGUGGUACCUGCGGCUCAAGUCCUGGUGGGCUGCCAACUACGUCAGCGACUGGUGGGAAGAAUUUGUGUACCUGCGAUCACGAAGCCCGCUGAUAGUGAACAGCAACUAUUACCUGAUGGACUUCCUGUAUGUCACACCCACGCCGCUGCAGGCAGCCCGUGCGGGAAACGCCGUUCAUGCACUGCUCCUGUACCGCCGCCGGCUGAAGCGCCAGCAGAUCUCCCCGACUCUGCUGAUGGGAAUGCGCCCCUUGUGCUCUGCCCAGUACGAGAGAAUAUUCAACACCACGCGGGUCCCGGGGGUGCACAAAGACCACCUCCGCCACCUCCAUGACAGUCGGCAUGUGGCCGUGCUCCACCGGGGCCGGUUCUUCCGCGUGGGGACCCACUCCCCAGAUGGCUUGCUUUCUCCGAGAGCCCUGGAGCAGCAGUUCCAGCGCAUCCUGGACGACCCCUCGCCCGCCUGUCCCCAUGAGGAGCACCUGGCGGCCCUGACAGCCGCCCCCAGGGGCUCCUGGGCCCAGGUGCGCCAGACCCUCAAGACCUGUGCCACCCACGCCUUGGAGGCCGUGGAGAGCGCCGCAUUCUUCGUGUCGUUGGACCCCGAGCCUGCGGGGCUCACCCAGGAGGACCCCGCAGCCUCGCUGGACGCCUAUGCCCACUCCCUGCUGGCAGGCUGCGGCUACGACCGCUGGUUUGACAAAUCCUUCACCCUGAUCGUCUUCUCUAAUGGGAAGCUGGGCCUCAGCGUGGAGCACUCGUGGGCUGACUGCCCCAUCUCAGGACACAUGUGGGAGUUCACCCUGGCCACAGAAUGCUUCCAGCUGGGCUACUCAUCAGACGGCCACUGUAAGGGGCACCCUGACCCGGCGCUGCCCCAGCCCCAGCGGCUGCAGUGGAACCUCCCAGACCAGGUCCAUCAGUCUGUCUCUCUCGCCCUACUGGGAGCCAAGACCUUAUCUGGCAACAUCGACUGCCACGUCUUUCCCUUCUGCCACUUCGGCAAGAGCUUCAUCAAACGCUGCCAUCUCUCUUCGGACAGCUUCAUCCAGACAGCCCUGCAGCUGGCCCAUUUCCGGGACAGGGGUCAAUUCUGCCUGACUUACGAGUCGGCCAUGACUCGCUUAUUCCUGGAGGGCCGGACGGAGACAGUGCGCUCUUGCACCAGGGAGGCCUGCGACUUUGUGAGCGCCAUGGAGGACCCGGAGAAGACAGACACACAGUGCCUCGCCCUGUUCCGCGCGGCGGUGGACAAGCACCAGGCUCUGCUCAAGGCGGCCCUGAGCGGCCAGGGCGUCGACCGCCACCUCUUCGCGCUCUACAUCGUGUCGCGACUCCUCCGCAUGCAGUCGCCCUUCCUGGACCAGGUUUACUCCGAGCAGUGGCAACUGUCCACUAGCCAGAUCCCUGUUCAGCAGAUGCACUUGUUUGAUGUCCACAAUUACCCGGAUUAUGUUUCCUCGGGUGGCGGAUUUGGGCCUGCGGAUGACCAUGGUUACGGCGUGUCUUAUGUCUUCAUGGGGGACGACGCCAUCACUUUCCACAUCUCCAGCAAAAAAUCAAGCACAAAAACGGACUCCCACCGCCUGGGGCAGCACAUCAAGGAUGCACUGUUGGACGUGGCCUCCCUGUUUCGAGCCGGACAGCAUCUUCAGCGCCGGUUCAGGGGUUCCAAGGGAGAAGACUCGGGGCGCAGGUGUGAAUUUCUUUCCAGUAAGACUGUGGAUUCCAAGACACCCAAGACACCCACCGACUCUGAGCCCAUCCAGUAGGGAGCUGGUCUCCCUUAAGGCAGGGGGCAAAGAGUCCCAGCUGGGCUGGUGCAGGGUGGAGGAGCCUUCUCGAAGCUCCACAUCCGGGCCAAUAAAGAUGUUCUAGCUGGG